AUGGCGACGGUGCUGAGCAUAGAUGGUGGCGGCAUUAGAGGCAUCAUUCCGGGCACAAUUCUGGGAAACCUCGAAGCCAAACUCCAGGGACAGGAAUUAGAUGGCCCGGACGCAAGAAUUGCUGAUUAUUUCGAUGUGAUUGCUGGAACGAGCACGGGCGGGUUGGUCGCCACCAUGCUCACGACACCCGGUGCCAACAAUCGCCCUCUCUAUGCUGCCAAGGAUAUUGCCUCCUUCUACAUACAAGAGUCCCCAAAAAUCUUCCCGGAGAAAAAUCGAAACAAUGUUGCGGCGUCAUUUACGAAGUUGUUUGGAGGCCCAAAAUAUGACGGAAAGUAUCUGAAAUCUUUGGUUGAGGGAAUAUUAGGCAAUCACACCAUCAGCCAAACCCUAACUAAUCUCGUCAUUCCCUCAUUUGAUAUCAAGCGUCUUCAGCCUGUUAUCUUCUCCACCAUAGAUGUGGAUGGAAACCAAAAUCUUCCAACCAUAGUUCGACUGUCAGAUGUGUGCCUCAGCACCUCGGCUGCUCCGACUUACUUACCACCGCACUAUUUCGAGGCUAAAGACGCCAAUGGAACGCUUCACACCUUUAAUCUCAUCGAUGGAGGCGUAGCCGCCAAUAACCCUACCUUGACGGCAUUAACACACAUCUCGAAACAAAUACUGCUGGGAAAAAUGAAGGGGUUGGACAUCGGACCAGCAGAGAGAAACAAGAUGUUGGUUAUGUCGUUGGGGGCGGGGGUAGCACAGAAGGAAGGAAAGUAUAAUGCUAAAGAUGCGUCUAGUUGGGGGUCGCUCAGCUGGUUAUUCAACAACGGAGCGACGCCCUUGAUCGACAUCUUCUCAGACGCUAGUGCAGAUAUGGUCGAUUUUCAUGUCUCCACCGUUUUCAAGUCAUUUAGCAACUCCCAAAAUUACCUGCGCAUUCAGGAGGAUAACUUGGCGGGAGAUGCAUCAUCGGUUGAUAUUUCCACCACCAAGAAUAUGCAGACGCUAAUGCAAGUUGGACAAGACCUGUUGAAGAAGACGGUUUCUAGUGUCGAUUUGGAGACGGGCAGAUCAGUUCCGGUGCAGGGCGGCCCCACCAAUGAACAAGCCUUAGCGACCUUUGCAAAGAUGCUUUCUGAUGAAAGGAAGUUCCGACUAACUAAAUGAACCAUUCCUUCUAAUAUCUUAUUUUUCUUUUUCAAGUAUAUAACUCAAUAAUUUCAUGCAUACACUUAUAUUUCAUUUGUAUAGUUAAGAUAGGAUCAUCAUCAAGUCAA